UCUUACUAAGCGUUUGACUUUAAUGCUGCAGCGAAGCUUGUUUACAGUCCGGCUUGCCGACUCGCACGCGAAAGCCGCGAUCCCAAAUAGCUGCUGCGCUCCACGGCUGAAUUAUGCUCCACAUCAUCAAAUUAGAUAGAUAAAGAGCUGUAGUAUUGACUCUGUGAAGCGGUUAGCGACACAUCAUCAAGGGGCUCACAGUAACAUGGCAACGCAAGCCAACCCCAGCACGGUACUGGAGUCGCCAUAUCCUGCACGGAAGGACGGAUAUGUGGGCUGCUUGACGGCGACGCAGGAGGCGGCCCUGGCGGACAUGGUGGAGAAGUUCAUCGAUGCGGUUCAUGCCUCAGACCUUAACGGCCCUGACCAGAUGACGCUGUGGGGCGUGCAGCUAGCCGACCUUGCCGUCUCACACCGCUGGGACACAGCUGAGGAGUCGGAGCAGCAACAACACGAAUCCACCUCCGCGCCCACCGCCACAGACAGCAAUGGCGGCGCCGGGAACGGUGCCGAAGCAGUGAACGGGCGGCGGGCGCCGGCGGGCGGAACCAGGGGCAGCAACGGCGGCGGCGCCAGCCCGCGUACGCCCAGCAAGGCGCAGAAGGUCGUGCUACUCAAGUUCUUGCGCGCACGGCAGUGGAACGUGGCGGCCGCAGUUAACAUGCUUGUCAACUGUCUGCGGUGGCGGCGCGACUUCGACGUGGCCGGCCUCGGCCUGGAGACCUUCCCGCCGCAGCUGGCGGCGGCGGGGCAGCUCACCGGACACGACCGGGCCGGCAACCCAGUCACCUACAACUACUACGGCACGGGUGUGGACUUGAACGCGGUGAUGGGCAGCCCGGGCGGUGUGGCCACCUUCGUGCGGUGGCGGGUGCGGCUGAUGGAGCAGGCGAUUGCGCAGCUGGACUUCGAGCGCGGCGUGGAGCACGUCACGCAGAUCCACGACUACGCCGGCGCCUCCAUGUUCCGCAUGGACGCGGGCAUCAAGUCCGCCAGCCGCGAGAUCAUACGACUGUUCCAGGACAACUAUCCCGAACUGCUGUCCGCCAAGCUGUUCCUCAACGUGCCGCGGGUCAUGGAGUUCCUGUUCGGCGUGUUCAGCGGCCUGGCGGACGCCGCCACCCGCGCCAAGUUCACCAUGGCCUCGCCCGCCCGCGCCGCCGCCGUGCUGUUCACGUACGUGGACCCCGUGCACGUGCCCGCCAGGUUUGGUGGCUUCAUGGAGACGUUUGUGAUCCCGCCCAAGAACAAGCACGCACCGCCUUUCAGCGCCGCCCGCAGCAAAUGCCUGACGCUGCAGCCGGGCGAGGGCCACGUCACGGGCGACCUGGCGGGCGCGCAGGCGGAGGUGGCGUGGGCGUUCGUGAGCACGGGGCCGCCGCUGAACGUGACCGUGUCCUUCCGGCCCCAGGACAACCAGGAGGCAGCCGCCGCCACCGCACGCAUGCCCGACCACAUACAGGGUUCCGCCGUGAGCGGCUACGGCGAGGCGGCUUACCUGACCUGCAGCCACGACAUGACCCUCACCAAGGAGGCGGCGUCGGGGCGCCUGGUGCUGGGUGUGCCAGGGGAGGUGACUCUGACCAUGGACAACAUCUGCGGCAAAGCCGGCAUAUUUACGGGGCCGCCGAACGCCACGGUGCACUACGCGCUCGUCAGCAGCAGCGCACCGGCGCGCGCAGCACCCGGCGCCGGCGCCGGCGCGCCCGGCUCGCCCACCGCCGCAGGCGCCGCCGGCGACGCCGGCUCCUCCGCCGCCUCCAACGCUCUCUUCGAGGCGCCGGGGCGGCUGCGAUUCAUGGACUCACGCAGCCGGAUGUUCAGCUACAAGUCCUUUGGCUGCGCCUCGCUAACCUCAGAGGACGUGGGGCUAAACGAGGUGGGCAGCAUGCCGCAGUCGCCCACGGGGCAGCGCGCCGCGCAGCUGGCGGGCGGCCCCAGCCGCGGCCACUUUGAGGCGGUGCCGGAGGCGGACGACGAGGCGGGCGCGUCGUCGCGGCAGGCGUCGGUGGCGGGCACGCCGCGCUCCACUGCCGGCGGGGCGGAGCAGGCGGCGGCCAAGUAGGCGGGGGCUGGGGAGUGGGAAGGGAGGGGGCGGCGAAGGGACGGGGCGGCGAAGGGACGGGGUGGCGGGGCAGUGGUUGGGCUGCAGUGGGGCUGCGGUGGCUGAAGAAAUGGCGGGGCGGGGGUGGGGGCGCAGGGGCAGGGGCAGGGGCAGGGGCAGGGAGGUCCGCCGCGGUUUGGGCCAGGGGGCGGUCAUCGCCGCCAGCUGGCACGGGGGUGGGGGCGUGUGCGCAAAAGAGGUAAACACGCGUUGGCGUCUGUCAGGCGCGAACCAUCUGAUCACGCUGGUGUGUUAAAGAGCACAAGGAAAACAUCUGGUCCCGCUGGUGUGGGUGUAUGUGUGUGGGUGUGUGUGCGUGCGUGUGUGUGUGUGUGUGUGCGUGUGUGUGUGUGUGUGUGUGUGUGCGUGUGUGUGGGUGUGUGUGGGUGUGUGGGUGUGUGUUAAAGAGCACAAGGAAAACAUUACGCGUAGGACAGUGUAUGCGAUGCAGAAUUACGGCCGCGGUGUGUGUGUGUGUGUGUGUAUGUGUGUCUGUGUCUGUGUCUGUGUCUGUGUCUGUGUCUGUGUGUGUGUGUGUAGAGGGAGAGAACAUUGAGGGUGGACCUCGGGAUCCGGCGGUGACUGCAUGACUUGAUUUUUACAAGAAUGACAUACCCCACUGCAGCACUGGGCACUCCAGGUAUUUGGGCACUGAGUUUGGAAGUUCGUCUGUGUCCCGAGGUCGGUGCCGAUGCUGCGCCAGUAGUCCCACGCAGGAGGGAUCCCCCGCACUCCUGGUUCCCGGGUAAUGCUUCUAACGUGUAGGAUUGCACGCUCGCAGUGAUGUUGUGAGCAGGGAUGGUUGCGGCGUUGGCGACUUGGCACAUCGUGGACGGAGUGCAGUCUUGCGGCCUAACGAUGUGAUUGAGUGCAUCUGACGGUCGAGUGCGCGCCGUACUGCACAGUUAUGUUGACGGUACGGUUGUGCUUCUGUGGUGACGGGCCGACUGCGGCUGGGGGAGGCAGGGCAGGCGUGUGCAAGGACAGCCGACGAGGCCCAAUGGACGGCCCAAUGCGCGUACCGAAAUCUGGUCUUGCCUGUCAGGUGCGAUGGGACAGGGUAAGGGGCAGGUUGGCGUCCCGUAUUAGUGUGCAGCGUAUUCCCAGAUCCCCAC